AAAUCAAACAAGCCAAGUUGUCGCAAGGGACCCAAAUCCCUACACCCAAAUUCGAUAUACAAACCUUCGCAAAACACUGGUAGAUCUCUCAAGUCGAGACCUCGUUAUCAAAGUGUUUUUCAAAUCCGAACCCUAAACGAUGUCAGACCCAGAGAUAGCCAAGACGCAGGAGGAGCGGCGGAGGAUGGAGCAGCAACUGGCCUCCCUCAACUCCCUCACCUACGACGCCGAGUUCUACGGCGGUACCGACAAGGCCGACUACGUCUCCUCGAUCCCGGUGAACGACGAGGACGAGAAUCUGGAUCCCGUCGACAACGACGUCGCCCGGAGAAUGGCGUCCUACACGGCGCCCAAGUCGCUGCUGAGCGACAUGCCCAGGGGCGCCGAGGAGGACGACGCGUCGGGGAUGCCGAGGUCGAAGAAGAUUAUCGACCGCGAGGACGAUUACAGGAGGCGGAGGCUGAACCGGAUCAUAUCGCCGGAGCGACACGACGCGUUUGCGGCGGGGGAGAAGACGCCGGACCCGUCUGUGAGGACGUAUGCGGAGAUUAUGAGGGAGGAGGCACUGAAGAGGGAGAAGGAGGAGACACUGAGGCUUAUUGCCAAGAAGAAGAAGGAGGAAGAGGAGUCUGGGAAGGCGGCGCCGCUGCUGCAGGCCGCGGGGAAGAGGAGGAAUAGGUGGGACCAGUCUCAGGAUGGGGAUGGUGGAGCUGAGGAGACGAAGAAGGCGAAAACUACGGCGACGUCGGAUUGGGACUUGCCUGAUGCCACUCCAGGGAGGUGGGACGCGCCGACGCCUGGGAGAGUGGCUGAUGCAACUCCGGGGAUGGCGAGGAGGAAUCGUUGGGAUGAGACGCCAACUCCGGGGAGAGUUGUGGAUUCUGAUGCUACUCCAGGUGGAGGGGCCACUCCUGGUGCUACUCCAGCUGGGAUGACUUGGGAUGCGACUCCGAAGCUUCCGGGGAUGGCCACGCCCACGCCGAAGAGACAGAGGUCUAGGUGGGAUGAGACCCCUGCUACGAUGGGCAGUGCUACCCCGGGGUCUGUGGCGACUCCUGGUCCUGGUGGGUACACACCUGGUGUGACUCCUGCUGGUGGAAUUGGGCUUGAGACCCCGACGCCAGGUGCCCUCAAUCUGCGGGGACCUAUUACACCGGAGCAGUACAAUUUGUUUAGGUGGGAGAAGGAUAUUGAGGAGAGGAACAGGCCUUUGAGUGAUGAAGAGCUGGAUGCUAUGUUUCCACAGGAGGGUUACAAGAUUUUGGAUCCACCGCCAAAGUAUGUGCCGAUUAGGACCCCGGCCAGGAAGUUGCUUACAACCCCAACUCCGAUGAUGACCCCUCAGUAUGCUAUUCCGGAAGAGAAUCGUGGGCAGCAGUUUGAUGUGCCCAAGGAGCUGCCGGGUGGCUUGCCAUUUAUGAAACCAGAGGACUACCAGUACUUUGGUGCAUUGCUGAAUGAAGACGAAGAGGAGGAGUUGUCCCCUGAUGAGCAGAAGGAGAGGAAGAUUAUGAAGCUUUUGCUGAAGGUUAAGAAUGGUACACCACCGCAGAGGAAGACGGCAUUGAGGCAGCUUACUGAUAAAGCUCGCGACUUUGGUGCCGGCCCCUUGUUCAACCGCAUUCUGCCUUUGCUAAUGCAGCCGACUUUGGAAGAUCAAGAGAGGCAUCUUUUGGUUAAGGUAAUUGAUAGAGUGCUUUAUAAAUUGGAUGAAUUGGUACGCCCUUAUGUGCAUAAGAUUCUUGUUGUGAUUGAACCUCUAUUGAUUGAUGAAGACUAUUAUGCACGUGUUGAGGGGAGAGAAAUUAUCUCUAAUCUUAGUAAAGCUGCUGGGUUGGCUACUAUGAUUGCAGCCAUGCGUCCAGAUAUUGAUAACAUUGAUGAAUAUGUUAGAAACACUACUGCUAGAGCUUUCAGUGUUGUUGCCUCCGCUCUUGGUAUUCCUGCUUUGUUGCCAUUUCUGAAAGCUGUUUGUCAGAGCAAGAAAUCAUGGCAAGCACGGCACACUGGAAUCAAGAUAGUUCAGCAGAUUGCAAUUUUGAUUGGGUGUGCUGUCCUCCCCCACUUGAGGUCUCUUGUUGAAAUUAUUGAAAAUGGUCUGAGUGAUGAAAAUCAGAAGGUCAGGACUAUUACUGCUCUAUCACUUGCUGCUCUUGCUGAAGCUGCUGCUCCUUAUGGUAUUGAAAGCUUUGACUCUGUCUUGAAACCAUUGUGGAAGGGUAUUAGGUCUCACCGUGGUAAGGUUCUGGCUGCCUUCUUGAAGGCCAUUGGUUUCAUUAUUCCUCUUAUGGAUGCUUUAUAUGCUAGUUACUAUACAAAAGAAGUGAUGGUUAUAUUGAUUAGAGAGUUCCAGUCUCCUGAUGAGGAAAUGAAGAAAAUUGUGCUCAAGGUGGUGAAACAAUGUGUGAGUACAGAGGGUGUAGAGGCUGACUAUAUAAGGAAUGAUAUUCUCCCGGAGUUCUUCAGAAACUUCUGGGUUAGAAGGAUGGCUCUGGAUAGGAGGAACUAUAGGCAACUUGUGGAAACAACUGUGGAAAUAGCAAAUAAAGUGGGUGUUGCUGAUAUAGUAGGGAGAAUUGUUGAGGAUCUUAAAGAUGAGAGUGAGCCAUAUAGGCGAAUGGUUAUGGAGACAAUUGAGAAAGUUGUUGUGAACUUGGGUGCUUCGGAUAUUGAUGCUCGGUUGGAGGAGCUUCUCAUUGACGGUAUACUUUAUGCAUUCCAAGAGCAGACCAGUGAUGAUGCAAAUGUCAUGCUUAAUGGGUUUGGUGCAGUUGUUAAUUCUCUUGGGCAGAGAGUGAGACCUUACCUUCCCCAGAUUUGUGGUACCAUUAAAUGGCGUUUGAACAACAAGAGUGCAAAGGUCAGACAGCAAGCUGCAGACCUUAUUUCCAGGAUUGCUGUUGUCAUGAAGCAGUGCCAAGAGGAACAACUGAUGGGCCAUCUGGGUGUUGUCUUGUACGAGUAUUUGGGAGAAGAGUACCCAGAAGUUCUUGGAUCAAUUCUGGGUGCGCUAAAGGCAAUUGUCAAUGUUAUUGGUAUGACAAAGAUGACUCCUCCAAUAAAAGAUCUGCUUCCCAGAUUAACUCCAAUUUUGAAGAAUAGACAUGAAAAAGUCCAGGAGAACUGUAUUGACCUGGUUGGUCGUAUUGCUGACCGUGGUGCUGAGUUUGUUCCAGCUAGGGAGUGGAUGAGGAUAUGUUUUGAGCUUCUUGAGAUGCUCAAGGCCCAUAAGAAGGGUAUCAGGCGAGCUACAGUGAACACAUUUGGAUACAUUGCGAAAGCCAUUGGCCCACAAGAUGUCCUUGCUACUCUGCUGAACAAUCUGAAGGUACAGGAGCGUCAGAACCGUGUUUGCACUACUGUAGCUAUUGCGAUAGUAGCAGAAACAUGUUCUCCUUUUACUGUACUGCCAGCGCUGAUGAACGAGUACCGUGUUCCAGAGCUUAAUGUUCAGAAUGGUGUUUUGAAAUCCCUUUCUUUCCUGUUUGAGUACAUUGGUGAAAUGGGGAAAGACUAUAUCUACGCAGUGACCCCAUUGCUUGAGGACGCCUUAAUGGACAGGGAUCUGGUUCACAGGCAAACUGCAGCUUCUGCUGUCAAGCACAUGGCUUUGGGUGUAGCUGGCUUGGGUUGUGAGGACGCUUUAGUUCAUUUGCUCAACUAUGUGUGGCCAAACAUCUUUGAGACAUCCCCACAUGUUAUUAAUGCUGUGAUGGAAGCCAUUGAAGGGAUGAGAGUAGCACUGGGCGCUGCUGUGGUUCUUAACUACUGUCUCCAGGGUCUGUUCCAUCCUGCUAGGAAGGUUAGGGAGGUGUACUGGAAGAUCUACAAUUCGCUAUACAUUGGAGCUCAAGAUGCUCUUGUGGCAGCCUAUCCUAUGCUGGAAGAUGAGGAUCAUAACGUGUAUACUAGGCCUGAGUUAAUGAUGUUUGUUUGAGCCUGGGUGUAACAGAAAUUUUCCUAGGAACUGAACUAUGUUUAAGUAGGCAUGUUACCAUUUGGUUACUCUUCUAUAUCAGUAUUAUUUCACUUUGCUUUUGUAAUUUAAGCCUAUCUUAUGAAAUGAAUUGGUUAAGUGGUUGAUGUCUAAA